AUGGCCAAAUUAAGACAUGCCAAGAUGUUUACCAAACUAGAUCUUUGUUGGGGUUAUAAUAACGUCAGGAUUAAGGAAGGAGAUGAGUGGAAGACGGCCUUCAGGACCAAAGACCUCAUUGACGUCACAGUGGUGAUUUACUUGGAUGACAUCCUCAUCUUUUCAGAAGACCCCAAGAAGCAUCCAGAACACGUUAGGGAAGUCCUAUUGAGACUAAUGAAAAACCAGUUGUUCUGCAAGCUCUCUAAUGUCACUUCCACGUCACCACAGUCAAUUACCUUGGCAUUGUCAUAUCCCCUGCAGGCUUCUCCAUGGACCAGAAGAAGAUUGAGGCCGUUACAUCAUGGCCCAACCGAAAACAGUCAAGCAGGUCCAGGCCUUCCUAGGUUCCGUGGCUCGCCCCCUCCACAAUCUCACAAAAAGGAAAUCCCAUGGUCUUGGGAGUCCCAAGAGGAAGAAGCCUUUCAGGAAUUGAAGUCCCUAGUCACCCAAACGGACGCAUCAGGCGUAGCCAUGGGAGCCAUCCUGAGCCAACGAGGGGAAGAUAACCGCCUUCAUCCGAUUGCCUACAUGUCCAAGUCAUUCUCAGGAGCAGAAGCUAAUUAUGACACCCACAAUAAGGAGCUCCUGGCUAUCAUCAAGGCGCUAGAAGAAUGGAGGAUAUUUUGGAAGCAACGGACAAACCGGAAUCUAGAAUAUUGGAUGCAGGCACGGACCUUCAACCGACAACAUGCUAGAUGGCGGGUAUUCCUGAGUGACUUCAAUUUUGAGAUACAUUAUUGCCCAGGGAAACAAUCAGGGAAGCCGGACGCCUUAUCCAGGAGAUCAGAUUACACGGAUACCCCAGGAACCAGAGGUUAUGCUACCAGCCAAGUUAAGGGAGGACCCAUCCCUAGAGCCAUCAUCCAAUUCCUGACGGAAGAUGCUGACAACGCACCCCCCUCUAUUCGAAAAGCCUACCAAGACUACGACUGGGAGGAAGACCUGCUAUGGUACCGCGGAAAACUGGUGGUCCCAGACUCAGAGCCCCUUAAAGAGCAACUAUUGAGGGAAUUCCAUGACUCUCCACUGGCGGGACAUCCAGGCCAACAAAGGACGCUUGAGCUUAUCAGCAGGAACUACUGGUGGCCCGGAAUGAAAUCAUCCGCCAAAGAAUGGGUUGAGUGUUGCCCAGUUUGUCAAGCCAACCGACGCGCACAUGCCCAGUCAUCUCCCUGA